UCUCAGUUUUGGUCUAGACCUUUCUGCAGCCACUCGGCCCACGUACUUGCUUUUCGUCGCGAACAACGUGGUGGCUUGAGCAUGUUUGCCGUUCUUACGGUGGCUCCCAACUAUCCACGAUGCCCAGGUCCGUAGCCUCCUUUCAAAGUAUCCGGCAUAGGGCUCGCGAUGAGGACGACGAAGGAGAGGGUGGGGAUCCUCUGGAGCGACAAGACACUAUUAGCAGCACGACUCCCACCUCUCCCACGAUAUCUCGACGCUUUCGAUCCAGCCGACCCUCAGAGCUCGACUUACGAAGCAACACCCCCAACGAGCGUUCAGCCCUGCUUGGGAAUAGCCAAACCCUUUCCCGAUCCUAUGCCAGCAUGCCAGCCUCCAUGCCGGGCACCCCGCGGCCUCCUAACAUCCGGCACGCGAGUAUGAGACUUCGUCAACAUAGCCGUUCCGGGUCCUUCAGCACACGACUAGUGAAUGCCCUUGGGUCAGAACGGCGGGAAGCGCUCGAAACCAGUAUACAUAAGACCGUAUCUUUCUGGCAGGACGACCGUGUCUGGUACGACCAGUUUACAUCCACCGACUGGGUCCAUGAUAGCAUAGCGGACGCUUACCGCGUCAAGGCCUUACGGAGUAGGAAAGACAUUCGAGGACGGAUAGCUGCCUGGUUUGACGGUGCACAAGGGUGGAUAUUAGUCGCGAUCAUUGGCUGCAUUACUGCCUUUUUGGCGUAUAUAGUCAACGUGACGGAAAGCUUGCUCUUCGAUUACAAGUCCGGAUACUGCACUACAAAAUGGCUUGAUAGCAAGAAAGACUGCUGCUCAGGGGCAAGCACAUGUGAAGAUUGGAGUCACUGGGGAAAGGUGUUCCAUACGGACGGCCUGGACCAUGAGGGGACGCAGUUUGUGGCUUUUGUGGUCGGCGUGAUGGCUCUUGCUAUGGCAUCUUGCGUGUUGACGUUGACUACGAAGACCGUCAUCCCUUCGGCCGUAUCUCUCUCAACUCUCGAUGAGAAUCUUGCCGCAGACAUUCUAGACCCCGAUCAAGAUCAGGAUGAGGAGGGAAGAAAAAGGAGUCUCAGCCCUGCUCAGGCAUACAGCGAAUCCCAAUUACGGCCACCUAUGGUCUAUUACUCCGCUGCUGGAAGUGGUGUUGCGGAAGUCAAGGUUAUCCUCAGCGGAUUCGUUCUCCACGGCUACCUUGGACUUCGGACCCUUGUCAUCAAGACACUGGGACUAAUUCUCAGUGUAGCAUCAGGACUCAGUCUCGGAAAGGAAGGGCCGUACGUUCACAUCGCUACGUGUGUAGGAAAUAUUGCCUGUCGAUUGUUCUCCAAAUACAGAGACAAUGAUGGCAAACGCAGAGAGGUCCUUAGUGCGAGCGCAGCUAGCGGAGUUGCCGUAGCUUUCGGUGCUCCAAUUGGUGGCGUAUUGUUCAGCUUAGAAGAAGUCAGCUAUUAUUUUCCGCCAAAGACGCUCUUCCGAACGUUCUUCUGCUGUAUCGCCGCUGCGCUUUCCCUGAAGUUUUUGAACCCUUAUGGAACAAACAAGAUCGUCCUGUUUGAGGUCCGAUAUCUAACAGACUGGAAAUUCUUCGAGAUGGUCGCCUUCAUCCUACUCGGUGUCUUAGGUGGCAUCUUGGGAGCUCUGUUCAUCAAAGCCUCCGGCCUCUGGGCCAGAACCUUCCGGCGUUUCAAGGUUAUCAAACGGUGGCCCAUGCUAGAAGUCAUGUUGGUCGCCUUGAUUACGGGCCUCAUCAGUUUCUGGAACCGAUAUACAAACAUGCCGGUCACUGAGCUCAUGUUCGAGCUUGCUAGCCCCUGCGAUACUUUCACGAACAGUGGCACCGGCCUCUGUCCUACGAAAGAUCAAAUUCCGGCCGUUAUCUGGUACCUCUCAAUCGCUUUCGUGAUCAAAGCACUCUUAACAGUCAUCACAUUUGGCAUUAAAGUACCUGCCGGAAUAUAUGUGCCAUCUAUGGUUGUCGGUGGUAUCCUAGGCCGAAUAGUUGGUCAUAUUGUUCAAUAUCUUGCCCUAAACUACUCUCAUACCGGGCUUUUCGGGGACUGCAAAGCGGACGACAAUCCGGAAUCAUGUGUUGUCCCUGGAGUAUACGCGAUGGUGGCCGCAGGAGCGACGAUGACAGGUGUUACGCGACUUUCCGUUACGCUGGCCGUCAUUCUCUUCGAACUCACGGGCAGCCUGGAUCACGUCUUACCAUUCUCAAUAGGCAUAUUGGUGGCCAAGUGGACCGCAGAUGCACUCGAGCCUCUGAGCAUAUAUGACAUGUUGACCAAUAUGAAUUCCUACCCGUUCCUAGACAACAAAGUGCGCCCCGUCUUCACUACCGAGUUAGGCGACAUAACCCCCCGAGUGCGCGAAGAACGUAUCAUCGACAUCUCCGAAUCACCCCUCGUCCCCGCGAAAGAUCUCCGGCACAAGCAACAAUAUCUACACAUGGCCGGCGAGCUCGACGGCGGCCUACCUAUCGUCCGAGACCAGAUCCUCGUCGGCCUCAUUCCAGCACCAGAUCUCGAAUUCGCGCUAGACAAGCUAGACAACGAAGACAACAGCCUCUGCCUCAUGUCAACGCAGGUGCAUUGGAACGCCAAUGACGAAGACGAGCCGGAGGAAGACCCGACGGACUUCACGGCGUAUAUCGAUCCGGCGCCUGUGGCGUUGGAUAUCCAUUCGCCGAUGGAUCUGGUGUAUGAGUGCUUUGUGAAGUUGGGAUUGAGGUAUAUUUGUGUGGUGAGGGAUGGGCGGUAUGCUGGUUUGGUCCACAAGAAAGCAUUUGUGAAAUACAUCAAAGAAUUAGAAGCCGGAGGGCAUUAGCGCACUCCAUAUAUCAUCGCUUGCGUCGUACAACGUUCGACAUACCCAUGUAGCGGUUGAUAUACAUCGAAGCUCCCGUCGAGCGUGGAAGGGAGGUUUCUAUGAGCGAGUUGAGAGUUUGCGAUACCAUGGGCAUUAGAUUUUAGUGGUACUGCACUGCUUGGCGUUUUUGUGGGGCCGUUACCUGGGAUCUGAAUUUUUGUAUGGGAAGAGUAGAGCAGAUGGUAGGGAGGGCAUCUAAGACAGACUCGCAUUGCGCUCGUAGAUGAUCAAGCAUAGUAUUUCCCGUUUGUC